CGAUGUGUGUUAGCAUUAGCAUUAGCCACGGAGUCAACUUUGUCUGUUUACCAAUAAUUGCCGCGUGUUUUGUAAUUGUUCAGUUGAAAAUAAGAUUUCAGGCUAAUUGGUGCUAAUUAGAGGGUUCCAGCUAAGACCAGUGAAUUCAUCCUGUUUGUAAUGGUGAUUGGCAGGAGGAGGAGAGUCUGACGGAGGAGCAGAGGAAUGUUGGCAGCCAUUUAGUCUGAGCUCAACAACGGAGGAAACAUGGAUUCUUCACACAAAAAAUGUAAACACAGCAAUGGAGUGAAAUGUCGGACCUCUGAGGAGGAUAAGGAUGGUUCGGCAACAACAGCAAAAAGAGAUGAAUCCCUCAGUUGUGAGCAAUGUGGCAAGACUUUUAUCACAGCAGCAAAGCUAAGAAUUCACAAAUGUAUUCACACUGUGGGCAAACCAUUCAGCUGUGAUCAGUGUGGAAAGGCUUUUACUCAGAGAAGUACGUUAAGAAGUCAUCAACUCAUUCACAGUGGAGUUAAACCAUUCAGCUGUGACCAGUGUGGAAAGGCUUUUACUGACAAGAGUACGUUAAGAAGUCAUCAACUCAUUCACAGUGGAGUUAAACCAUUCAGCUGUGAUCAGUGUGGAAAGGCUUUUACUCAGAAAGGCGCAUUAAGACUUCAUAGACUCAUUCACAGUGGAGUUAAACCAUUCAGCUGUGAUCAGUGUGGAAAGGCUUUUACUCAGAAGGGCACAUUCAGACGUCAUAGACUCAUUCACAGUGGAGUUAAACCAUUCGGCUGUGAUCAGUGUGGAAAGGCUUUUACUCACAAGAGUACUCUAGCAAGUCAUCAACUCAUUCACAGUGGAGCGAAAUUGUUCGGCUGUGAUCAGUGUGGAAAGGCUUUUCCUCUGAAGAGUGCAUUAAGACGUCAUCAACUCAUUCACAGUGGAGUUAAACCAUUCAGCUGUGAUCAGUGUGGAAAGGCUUUUACUCGGAAGAGUCAGUUGAAAAGUCAUCAACUCAUUCACAGUGGAGUUAAACCAUUCAACUGUGAUCAGUGUGUGAAAACCUUUACUCAACAUGAACAGUUGUUGAUCCAUCAAUGCCCCCAUUCUGGUAGAAAGCCGUACCACUGUGACUCCUGUGAAAAAACUUUCAAGCACCAACAGAGCUUAAAAUGUCACCAACGCAUCCACACUGGACAUGAUGUGUAUGCAUGUGAUCACUGUGGCGAACCGUUUGCACGGUACUCAGAGUUAAAAGCUCAUGAAGUGACCCACACUGGGGUUAAACCAUACAUUUGUGACCAGUGUGGGAAACACUACAGCUACAUUACAUGCCUCAAAGUUCACCAACGUGUCCACACUGGGGAGAGACCAUACAGAUGUGACAAGUGUAAGAAGUCUUUUACAACUUUGGGUUCCCUGAAACGACAUCGGCAGAUCCACACCAGAAAGAAAGCAUUCAAUCAGUGUCACAGUGAGCAGAACGGAACAAAUGGACUAAACUCUCAGACUUGUCAGCACUCAACCAGUGGUGAACAGUGCUGCUUUGACCAAUCUGGACCAACGUCCAACCAACAAGGAACCCUACAACGACACCAGCGUAUGCACACUGGACACAGACUGAACCCCUGCCAAGAAGAUUUCUCCAUGCAGGGUUCAGUAAAAGUUCAUGAAGUCCUCCACAAACUUAAAGUCCUUGAGAUCCGGCUUCACAGAAUUCAGGUCUAACUUCUUGUUUAGUGACUUCGUUGCUUCGUUGCAAAAUCUGUAAAGAGUAAAGCUGUCGUUAACAGAUGUGACUGGUAAAUUAAUUAAAUCAUUCAAAGUGGUUACUCAGUUAAAUGAAUUAUCAGUGGUAGAGGAAUAGACGUCUGGAAGGAGGCAGUGAGCAGCAGGGAGAAUUUCCUUGAUUCCCAGUUUAAUCGUUCCUCAGAUCCCUCUGGGCUGCAGGAACCCGUUAGAUGCAGAGCUGGUUCAGUGAUUCUCUGAUGAUUAAUCAUAAUUGAUUUAGGAGAUUACUGGCCUUAGGGUGUCUAUCUAUCUGUCUAUCCACCUAUCUGUCUGUCAUGUGUGAGUUGAAAUAUACAAACAUGAAGUGUUCUAUGAAAAGUCCAAUCUUUGAAAGCUGACAUGUAGUUUAGAAUCAUUUCUUUGUAAAUUAGCUGCAUCCAGUCAUUACCAUGACAUUGGCAUCAUGGAACCAUGACCACAUAUAUGUGUCUGGAGAUAGUGGCAUUUUUAUAACGGCACAUUUUCAUGCUUUGACAGAUACAGUGAGGGAAAAAAGUUUUCAGACACCCUGAAAUAUUUGUUGAAAAGUCUUUUUUUGUGUGUUUCUAAGUGUGUUGCUGCAUCAGACAGACACAAAUACAAAUGAUAUUUUUUUGUUUGUUGUUUACAAGAAAAACUAACAAACUAAAUUCUUCCAAAUUUCUCAUUUUAUGGAACCAGUCAAUUUUCUGUUUUUAAUGUCUUUUUUAAGGAUGUUUAGUUUCAUGAUUGUACUAAAAUAAAUGACUCUUGAAGACCUCAAAGUGAUUCUUAAUGCAGUAUUUCACAAAUGUAUGGGAUGCCCAAAACCUUUUUUCCACUGCCGUAUUUAACAGCAAUCUGAUGUGCUGAUGUUAGUAAGACAAACAAGUGAAGGUUUCAGGCUUUUAUCUAGAAUUGUUCUUGAGAUAUUCAUCUUCAAACAGCCUCAAAUUUCAAUGUGACAAAAUCAAAACAAGUGAAACUGGGUCUACAGUCCACUGACAAACCUAAAAAGUCAUCAACUCAUUCACAGUGGAGUUAAACCAUUCAACUGUGAUCAGUGUGUGAAAACCUUUACUCAGCAUGAAUAGUUGUUGAUCCAUCAAUGCCCCCAUUCUGGUAGAAAGCGGUACCGCUGUGACUCCUGUGAAAAAACUUUCAAGCACCAACAGAGCCUAACAUGUCACCAACGCAUCCACACUUGACAUGAUGUUUACGUAUGUGAUUACUGUGGCGAACCAUUUGUACAGUACUCACAGUUAAAAGCUCAUGAAGUGACCCACACUCAGGUUAAACCAUACAUUUGUGACCAGUGUGGGAAACGCUACAGCUACAUUGCAUACCUCAAAGUUCACCAAUGUGUCCACACUGGGGAGAGACCAUACAGAUGUGACGAGUGUAAGAAGGCUUUUGAAGCUUUGGGUUCCCUGAAACGACGCCAGCAGUUCCACACCAGAAAGAAAGCAUUCAAUCAGUGUCACAGUGAGAACGGAACAGAUGGACAAAACUCUCAGACUUGUCAGCACUCUGCCAAUGGUGAACAGUGCUGCUUUGACCAGUCUGGACCAACGUCCAACCAACAAGGAACCCUACAAUGACACCAGCGUAUGCACACUGGACACAGACUGAACCCCUGCCAAGAAGAUUUCACAAUGCAGGGUUCAGUAAAAGUUCAUGAAGUCCUCCACAAACUUAAAGUCCUUGAGAUCCGGCUUCACAGAAUUCAGGUCUAAUUUCUUGUUUAGUGUCUUUGUUGCUUCGUUGCAAAAUCCAUUAAGAGGAAAGCUGUCGUUAACAGAAGUGACUGGUAAAUUAAUUAAACCAUUCAAAGUGGUUACUCAGUUAAAUGAAUUAUCAGUGGUAGAGGGAUAGCAGGGUUCUCACCAGGAUUUUUUUCAGCAUAACGGCAGGUCCUCCCGCAUGCACAAUAGCCUUCAUUAAAUCUCCCGAGCGGCCGGCCCAGAUGUCAGCCAAUGGGCGUCACGCAGAUACUCCAAAUGCUCAUGAUUUAGGUCACUAUUCACCAUACAUGGCAUUGUAACCCCGAGAUUGGAAGCGACUCUUAAUUUUAGACAGGAACGGGUCAAUCGACAGGAAAGUACGGCUGAGGUGGGGAGACAUAAAUUAACCUCGAUAGGCACCCAGUCGAUAAAAACUCUUUCACAGCGCCAACUGCCCCAACAAAGAAGUUUUCUCACAUAAAUAUGGAAAUAUUACGCAAGCAAAUGUGCUCAAAACACAAUAUCACAACUUGAAAGGCAGCGUAGUGGCCCUAAUCACAGCGUAAUCUUUUAAACUGACAGCGUAACGGCCCAUUACGCUGAAAUGCGCUGGCAAGAACCCUGGGAUAGACGUCUGGAUGGAGGCAGUGAGCAGCAGGGCGAAUUUCCUCAAAUACCAGCUUAAUGGUUCCUCAGAUCCCUCUGGGCUGCAGGAACCCGUUAGAUGCAGAACUGGUUCAGUGAUUCUCUGAUGAUUAAUCAUAAUUAAUUUAGGAGAUUACUGGCUGUAGGAGUCUCUUUCAUCUCAGGACAGUGAUGAAGAAUCUCUAAUAUUGAACAAGUAGAUCAACUAAUCUCUGAUUAUGUGCGAGUUUAAAUAUAAAAACAUGAAGUGUUCUAUGAAAAGUCCAAUCUUUGAAAGCUGACAUGUAGUUUAGAAUCAUUUCUUUGUAAAUUAGCUGCAUCCAGUCAUUACCAUGACAUUGGCAUCAUGGAACCAUGACCACAUGUAUGUGUCUGGAGAUAGUGGCAUUUUUAUAACGGCACAUUUUCAUGCUUUGACAGAUACAGUGAGGGGAAAAAAGUUUUCAGACACCCUGAAAAUUUUUAUACAAUCUUAAAUAUUAUCUUGAAAUAUUUGUUGCAAAGUCUUUUUUUGUGUUUCUAAGGGUGUGGCUGCAUCAGACAGACACAAAUACUAAUGAUAUUUUUGUUGUUUGUUGUUUACAAGAAAAACUAACAAAACUAAAUUCUACCAAAUUUCCCAUUUUAUGCAACCAGUCAAUUUUCAGUUUUUAAUGUCUUUUUUUAAGGAUGUGUUUAGUUUUAUGAUUGUACUAAAAUAAAUGACUCUUGAAGACCUCAAAGUGAUUCUUAAUGCAGUAUUUCACAAAUGUAUGGGAUGUCCAAAAACUUGUUCCACUGCUGUAUUUAUCAGCAAUCAGGGGCCUGUUUCACGAAGGAAACAGGAUCAAUACGUAAGUUUAAAUGUAGUCCUUUGUAAUCGUAAUAAUAUUACAGGGAAUAACUGUCUGAAUGGUAGAAUAGUAAGUUAUUUCAUUUAGGGGAAAUCCCGACGGGGCAGCAGCUUAAGAUGAAAUAUAAAAACAUUGUUCAAACAGGUCAGACCUCGGCAUUAUCUCAUGGAGGUCCUUCAUGUUGAUCAUGUUUUACAUUGUAAAGUAGCCUAAAUAUUAAGUGGCUGUUUGACUGUGCAGUUGUUUUAUCCACAUAGCCUAAAUGUCUGCAUCCAUAUCAUGUCCUGUUAAAUAAUUAAGACUAAACUAACAUAGACUUCUGCUCAGCCAACAGAAAGAAAGCAGAUGUCUGUAAAACGGAGGUAUAAAAGGUCGUGUGUGUGUGUGUGUGUGUGUGUGUGUGUGUGUGUGUGUGUGUGUGUGUGUGUGUGUGUGUGUGUGUGUGUGUGUGUGUGUGUGUGUGUGUGUGUGUGUGUGUGUGUGUGUGUGUGUGUGUGUGUGUGUGUGUGUGUGUGUGUGUGUGUUUAGUUCUCUUUUGUGUCUUUUUUUUGUCUUUUGGCCCCUUCACACCACAACAGACCUUGUAAUUGUAAGUUGGCAACACUCCAAAGAUUUAUCCAAAUGGUAGUUUAAGUUUACUGAAACAUGUCACUGAUCUACAGGGCCGGACUGGGAAAGAAAUUCAGGCCGGGAGAUUUCCAAUCAGUCAGGCCACUUUCGCCACCGCAAGGCUUGUGUCACGUGGGAUAAUGCACCAAAAUUUUGUUUUUUCCUUACAAAAAUAUGCCUUUUACAGUUAUGUUAUAGCAAUUGCAACACUACUAAACAGACAGUAAGUCUAUUAAACACAACCAUAACGACAGCUCCAUACAGUCCAGUACUUUUCUCUUCUGUAAUCUCUUCACUACCCUCACCAAUUUUUCCAAUGUUUUCCUUUUCCUAUUAUUUAUAUAACGUGGAAUUAAAAAUAUAUAUAUUAUUUUGUCAGCAAAUCAUUUAGAUGUCAGCUGGUCAUAGCUAAUAGUAUAUGCAAACACCAAUGUUCAUUUUAGAACUGAAAAUUGUAAGUCAACUGCCUAUCCUACCGGAAGAGGGGGUCUCAAACGUUUUCAGGCUUCCUGCAACCCACCUGACACCUGUGGAGCUUAUUUGGGUCAGACAUUUUUAUUAUAUUUUGGCCUUUGAAGUCUGAUGAUGCAUUUGUGAGAAGAACCGACCGUUUGUAAACUUACUUGAAGUAAGGGUGCUCCAUAAUCAGGGCUGCACAUAAGUGGUCCGCAUGCGCGCUUGCGUACUGAACGUGGGCUUCAAAGGUUUUCAUACGUACCGUUUUGCGUACCGAUGGCUCUAACCAUGAGGAAAAGCACUUCUCAAAAUGUCAGAGGCAGGCCCCGUAAUUAUUUUCGUGUUCCUCCACCCCCUUCACAAAAAAUCCGACAGAGUCGUCACCGGAGCCACCGGAAAAAGAGCUUGCUUUUUUUUCGGUGGCAUCAGAGCCGUCGGUACGCAAAGCCUUUGAAGCCCAGCGCAUUCGUCAACGUUCAGUACGCAAGUGCGCAUGUGGACCACUUAUGUGCAGCCCUGUCCAUAAUCUUCGCUCCGUCCACUCUCUCGCCUCACUCUCAUAUCACCGCUCUGCAGUGAAUGCUUCCGUUCUCACUAUGAAGGGGCGGGCCAUAAAGCAACUAACCAAUCAUGGCAGAUCUGUAAAUUGAAAUACUGGAGCACAAGUUAGAGGUGGUGAUGGUCACAGGUGAAUUAUGUUAACUACUGGAACAUGAACUGAACUAUCUUUUAUUUGUAGGAAAUAAAGAAGAGCAAAUGAAA